CGGAAACAACACAACAGUUCUUCAGGCUGAUCAUGCAACAUUCUGUUUCGCCUAAAUUUCCAACCUCCCGAGCUUGAGGUUGGAUACCAUUCCAAGCUUACACGAAGAAGCAACAACUGCUCCACUUCCCGCUCGAAUGACCCAUUUCGAGAGGCACAGCAGUGAGAUGAGAUUGUUCGGUCUUUGGCGGGCAUUGAUGUGGAGCACAUUCACACCCAAUGCGGCGUCCCAAUCUUAUCAAUGGGACCCCUAUUUUUCUUCUUGGAAGAGCAAAAUAUAUAUCUUCAGAACGCCACUUCGAAAUCUCGUUUGACGAUCUCUGCCGCUGCCGCUGCUGAACUCACUCGUUCAAUUAUCCAAGCAGUAGGAAAUAUGCUUAUCACAAUCAUUCUUGGCGGAGUUCUGGGAGCGGGGGUUGCUGUAGCGCAAUCUUCAGCAUCGUCCAAAACGGCUAUUCAGAGUUGGAUUCCCGAGCCUUUGCCGUCGGUUACGCCUGAUGGGGUCGUCAAUCUGUUCAUUCAGGAGAUGGAUGGGUAUGCUGGUCUGUUUGAAGCAUCCGUUAUCAAAGUAGAGGCAUCUUCGACUACGUACUGGGUCGCUUGCGCUUCAUCUAUUUCAGAGGAUGCUUGUCCGUUUGAUCCUAUUCCGCCGUAUACCGGCAUGACUGUCACGCAAGGUGCGAAAGGUAUGCAGAUGACGAACAGCGAGGAGGGCUGGUCGGUCCCCCAAUCCUGUACCUUCGCUACUACAGCCGCCUCUGUCGCUACGUGUACGAACUAUUGGUCCGUGGGACACACUGCAGACGAAAUCAAUUACUCACUGUCGACAUCGUACACAGAUCAAUAUACACGCACGUACGUCGCCAAACUUCCAUAUAAGUCUUGGAGGCUUGAACAUUGGGGACAGCCGCCAUUCAUUCCUGUGUCAAUCACGGCUGGUGCGGAGAAACUGGUCGCUGCAGCCUCAGCAAGGACGACUUCCUCUGGACCGAUAUCUACGAGUAGUCAGAAUACUGGGACAGGCAUCAUUUCGCCUGCUCCUGCAGCAGCUCAAUUAGCUGUGGUGUCACAGACAUCAACUUCAGCUGUGUCCACUGAGACUGCAAAUUCAGGGGCUUGGAGGGGUAGGAAGUCGGAUGGGGGGUUCGUGCUUAGAGUGUUUGUCAUUCUAAAUGCCGGGAUCUAUAUUCUAUGA